GCUAGUCUCCAAUUUCUCUAUCUAAUUUUUCCCUGUUCCAGCUUGUUUAUCCUUGGCAUUUACCGUAAUUUACUAUAUGUACAUUAAUAUUUUCUAUACACACCAAAAUAAAUUAUGAAAAAUGAGUGGCACAAGUGAAAUGUCGUGGUAUAUAGGGCAUUCCUCCUAAAUAAAUGGAAUAUAUGUCGUAUAACAACAAAAACUACAUAUGGUUUAUGAUUUGGACAUACGAUCUUAUUAGAGUUCUUACGGAAAUUACGCAAUAUUAUUUCAUAUUAUAUUAUUUUUAUGUCAUAAUUUGUAACCACAUAACAAAAUUUCACGACUCUUGUUAGUCUCUCUCUCUCUCUAUAUAUAUAUAUAUAUAUGUUAAGUUUCUCAAUCGAACGAACUCCAUAAAUCAUCUUUCACUUUCUUUCAUCUAUAAAAUUCUCUCUAUCGAGAGUUCAACAAUGGAUCCUCAUUUAGUUAUCACUGCCGCCUCUAACGCCUUCCGGUGGCCGUCAAGUCGCCGGAAGAUCUAUCUCCGUCGGCGUAAGCCGCAAGUAGUGCGUCUCGGCGGGAAAAACAGCACGUGGGCACGUGGUAGGUUCUCGGUAAAGAAGGUGGUGACGAGGAUGAGACUCAAGUGGCUGAGACUAUACUACGUAAGGCUCGUGAAGAAGAUCAAAGUGUAUUAUAGCACUGUAGUGAAGGAGUUUGAGGAAGCCGGAACCGCCACCAUCCAGCAGCGCAUGACGGUUGAAACGGCAGCUUUUGCCGCUCCUGGUUUAGGCUUAUCUUUCUGUCCCAUGUCCUGCCAUGACCAACCUCGUUUUUUUCUUGUAUAGCUUCAAUGUUCUUACCUUGAGUUUCAAUUUAAUUAAUCACCCUUCAUGAUUUUCUUUUUCUUUUUUUUUUGUUUUUGGGAAGGGGUUACUCUACACUAUUUUAAAAUUUCCUGUUUAAAUGAUUAUGUAAGAAAAAAAAAUUAUUUGAGCAUCAUCACGAAAAUGUCAAAAACUAUAAACAAUAGUUUGAACAAAACAGGAUAUUGAAAUUUGAAGACAACU